AAAGCGUGACAGUUUUCAUAGGUACGCAUGUCGUGCAAAGUCAACAUAACACAAGGUCAACUUUACUCGACAACCCUCUUGACAGUUGUCCGUUACUCGUACAGCAAUGAAAACGAACGGACAGGUUAAGGACUCUGAGCCAACUUCUACAAUGUCCAGGGUGAAAAGAGUUUUGUUUGCGGAUUUUGUUGGCCUAAAGCUUGAGUUUGUAAGAACCAUUACACCUUCCAGCAGCGAAGACAACUUAUGUACACUAGAGGACGUGUUAUGGAAAACCAACUGUGACGACACUAAGGCACCAAGAAAGCGGGUGAAAUGUCUGUACCCGUGUUUCGUUCAACCUUCAGAAUCAACAGACAGUUUCAUGAAGAGGGUUUACAGCCAGAAUGUGUGCCUCGAGUACAUCGUGUGCAAUAACUUAGUUAUCACCGGGCUUAUUCGGGUGACAAAUUUAUCUUACAUGAAAGAGGUGACUGUCAGAUUUACACUUAAUGGAUGGGAGACGUAUCGAGACAUUUGGGCGGAUUUCAUGUCCACUUGUUUGGAUGGCAGAACAGAAACGUUUAGUUUUCGUAUCUCAAUACCUCAUGACUUUGAAGUAAAUCGGUAUAUGGAGUUCGCAAUUCGCUAUCGCGCCUCAGACAAUGAGUUUUGGGAUAAUAAUGGCCGUAACAAUUACCAAGUUCGGUGUUCAGAAAGGCUCCUUUUACAAACGGAAUAAAACGAUAAAACGAGAUUGCUUCUAUGCAACAGAGCGACCAUGGCUGGCAUGUGCUUUUCGAGCCGGCCUUUCUGAUUUAUCCGAGAAAAGCAGGUUGACUAGAAAUGUUUCUUAGACAUUGUUUAUGAACACUUCCCUUAAAAAAAUUAGUUGUACCAAUAUAACAAUCUAAACAUUUCCCCUUGAGAACUACAAAGUGUGUAUCCUCCGACAAAUUUCGUUGAGUCUUAGCCCUUUGCAUAGACAGACAAUUGUUAUUUCUGUAAAGCAAGAAGGCUUCCGGUCUUUGUUAUUUACAUUAUCUCUGUAAAAACGUGCACGAUAUCAUGGUCAUACAUAUUUCUCCAACGUCUUCAUUAUUUAGUUUGUCACACUGAUCUUGAUAUUUUUCACUUGGUCGGAAAAUACAUUAGUCACAGUUUGAAAACCGUAUCAUACGUAACUUGAAAUGCUAUGCAAAAUACAUACUUAAGAAAACAAGUCAACAUCAAGACAUUCGCCUUUGUAUUCAGGAAAUAAUUUUGCAAUAAUAAAUUAGCAAGAAGUCAACAGUCAGUCAACCAUGUUGUAAACGGUUAGUUUAUCUCACUGUGAUGUAGACUGAGUCGGUCAAAAUUAAAAAUAAUGUAGAUUGUAUUUCUUUAUGUUGUAUUCCGUAGGAAAUGCUGAAAUAUUUAUGUUCAUGUCAUCUAUGGUCAUGUCAUGUAUUUUAGGCAACUGCAAUUGCUAAAACAACUGCCACUGACUAAACAUCUACAACACACACUGGCUGUACAACAUCAGGGCCUAAAUAAAGACAUUUCAGUGAUGCGAGCUGUGGAGAGACAAUUUACCAAUACUUUGUAAAUGUAGAAAAGCCAUCAGUGCGCAGUUUGUGAAAGCCCACUAACC